AGGUCACUAUCUAACCACUAAACCACCGGCGCGCUCUGCAUCGUUAACCCUCCCUUGUCCCACUAACCCAACCAUGAUUUGCCUCAAAGCCUUCUCAUCCCCUCUCCACCUCCCGACGCUCCGCCGCCUCGCCCCUUCCUCUUCCUCCCUCCGCGUCGCCGCCGCCGCCAUGUCCUCCUCCGCGGUCGCCGCCCCGGUCGAGCACAUCGUGCUCCUCAAGGUCCGUCCGGAGGCGGUCGCCUCGGGCGCCGCCGCGGCGAUGGUCUCCACGCUGCAGGCGCUCGCCACGCAGGUCCCGGGCCUGGCCUACAUCCACGCGGGCCCCGUCCUCCGCCUCCGCUCCCCGGCCGCCGAGGCGCUGGGCCCCACGCACCUCCUCCACUCCCGCUACGCCACCAAGCAGGACCUGGCGACCUACGCGGCGCACCCGGCGCACGUGGCCGCCGUGCAGGGGCACGUGCUCCCCAACGCGCUCGACACCACCGCCAUCGACUGGGUCAACGCCGCGGAGCUCCCGUCCCCCGUGAAUCCCGGCAGCGCCGUGCGGCUCACGCUCGCCAAGGUGAAGGAGGGGGUGGAGGUCCCGCAGCUCGUGGAGAAGGUGGCCGCGGCGACCAAGGCCGCCGGGGAGGCCAAGGGCGCCAAGGUGAGCCUCGGGGAGAACUUCUCCCCCGCGCGGGCCAAGGGGUACCAGUUCGGAAUGGUGGCGGUGUUCGACAGCGUGGAGGAGCUCGACGCGGUGGAAGGGGACGGUAAGGUGGAGGAGGCCAAGGCCGCGGUCAGGCCGCUGCUCGACGAGGUCCUGGUCCUGGACUUCGUUGCCGGGCCUGCUGCCGGCGAGGCUCCAACGCCGGCGAGCCUCUGAGAGAUUUCAGGUGCGGGUUCAGUUUCGAGUGUGCUGGCGAUUUGGGAAUAAUAGACUGUUUGUGGUUGUCCUGUUGUGAAAUUGGGAGUGGCAGUGCGAUGAAUAAGAAUUGCUUCCCUUGAUUGAGGAUCAAAAGUAGUGCUUCAUAUUCUAUCAUGCUCAUCUUUACAGCUACUACUACUGCCUAAUGCGGCAAAUUAAGAAAUCAGUGAUAUGCAGUGUACAUUCGUUCCUCUUUAUUGUGAAGUAGUAUAUUCCAUGUCAUGCCA